UUAGUUUGCCAUUUAGACUGAUGCGAUUAUCACAAGCCAUCAAAUGAACCCUUCGAAUUCAGUCAGUUUAUUCAAAUCAAAUUAAACAAAUACUCACAAUCUGUCUAUAAUUCUUUCUCCAUUCUCAAACCAAAGAAUGGUUAAAUUUCAUGUAUUACUCAGACGAUGGUUGCGUCAAGUCUUCAUAACAACAGAGGCAUUCGUAUUGCGUUGCAUCAAACAUCAUCGCCGGAAGAUUGUCUAUUCGCUGCAUCCAAUCUCGGCCAUCAUAUUGCUGCUCGUUGUGGGACUCUACACAUGGUAUGAACUGCACUUUAUCUUGCCGGAAUUGUGCCAGACGAAUGGCAAGUUCUAUAAAGUGAAUUGUGUACUGGCCAUCUACAUGCUGCACAAUAUCCUUGGCAAUUUGAUUUGUUGCUGGCACACGGAUACGAGUUUUUUGGCCGUGGCCAAGGCGCGCCAACAGCCACUCGCCUCGGAGGCACAUCUGUGGCAUCUGUGCACCCACUGUCAGAUGUUGGUGCCACCGCGCGCGUGGCACUGUCGACUGUGCAACACGUGCAUGCUGAAGCGGGAUCAUCAUUGCAAUAUUACGGCCAACUGCAUUGGUCAUGCCAAUCAACGCUACUUUAUCGCCUUGCUCGCACAUCUGACGCUUGGCAAUUUGUUUGUGUUCGUCUACAACUUUGCGUACGUCUUCAAAAUUCGUCUGCCUGUCUUCAGUGAUCCGCUCAUCUUCUUGGGCGUCGAUCCGGUGAAAUUGCUCGAUUCAUUCAAAGAAGAUCCCAAUUGGUUAAUUAUCAACGGAGCUGUCCUCAAAAUAAGUGUAUUUAGCUUGGCUUUUGUUGCCUCCCAGCUGGGUUUUCAGUUGUAUAUGAUCAGUCGGGGAAGUUGCAUGUAUUACUUUCAGGAUCGCAGCUACGAUUUGGGUUUCUGGAGCAACUGGCGUUUGGUGCUGGGCAAACGCAUGUUCUGGACUUGGCUAUCGCCGCUCAUCAGCAGCCCUCAGGCGAGUGAUGGCACCCAGUGGAUGGUUACUGCGCACAAAGAGACCAAAGAGUCCAAGAAGCCAGCAUAAAACCCAGUCACGUGACUUCCUCUCAUUCCAUUCAUUGAAUUACAUUUGCAGAACAAAUACAUAUUCAAUACAA